AUGGUUCAGCUAGUCGGCUCUCGCAGCGCGGCUGCCGUCGUUGUAGCAUCGUUGCUCGGCGCCGUGUCAGCUAUUAAGGGCACGCGAAACCUACCCUACUGCGCUUACGCAUGUAUGGACCUUGCCGGCGGUGUGAAUUAUGGCUGUACCGACUAUUCAGGAAACAAUUAUGCCUUAUGUCUCUGCUCUAACAAGCCGCUCCUCGGGAGUUUCGCUCUCUGUGCAGAACAGCAUUGUCCUGAUGAGGCCGAAAAGUCGUUUGCUUAUGCUCCCAAGUACUGCAGUUUCAAGAGUGUCGACUUUGACUGGACUUAUGAUGAGGCGCUGCAGUACGGGAAAGACAACCUGAAUGCCUCGGCAGAUCUCUUCUCUUACGAUCUAAUGACUUCUACGGUUGAGUUCCCGGACGAGUCUUACCAGGGGUAUCUGAAAACAGAGACUGCGUACUACGGAAACGACAAAUUCGGAGAGAUUUACGGUGGUGCCACGAUGAUCUUCUGGUUUGGGCUAUGCUUCCUUGCCUGUAUUCGCAACGUGUUUUACAAAUUAUUUCCCAAAGCAGCAACUAGGGCUUUCGCGCCAAUUACAAUGAUUCGCAAAUACCUCAUUGUCCCUGCCUUAUUCAAUGGAGUACAUACGGCACCCGCCCGAUUUUUUGGAGUUGGCUACGCUCUUAUCCCGUCGCGUGGAGAGACGCUUGCAGUCAUCGGCUUCAUGAUUCUCAACACCGUCUUUCUGUUUGUCAAUUACCGCCUCGACAACGACAAUAUAUACUGGCCCGACGCCAAAAACAUCCAGUUGUCGCGCUACCUUGCCGACCGUACAGGCAUUAUGUCUUUUGUUCAGAUUCCUCCUCUGAUCUUGUUUGGUGGUCGCAACAAUUUCUUGAUGUGGGCUACCGGCUGGUCGUAUCAGUCGUUCAUGGUUUAUCAUCGCUGGAUUGCUCGCGUCAUGUACAUCAAUGCUGUUUUGCAUUCAGUUGGGUAUACUGCCUACUCGCUUUUUUACGGCAAAGAGAAUCUCUAUGAAUCCUUCCAGGAAGGAUAUUGGAAUUGGGGUGUUGCGGCUACAGUUAUUGGUGGAUUUAUCAUGCUACAAGCAAUCUACACGUUGCGUCACAAAUUUUACGAAACUUUCCUGAUCAUCCAUAUCGUCUUCGUGGCAGUAUUCAUCGUCGGGCUAUGGUAUCACUGCAUCGACCUGGGCUGGAUGGAAUACCUCUACGCUUCGAUUGCUAUCUGGGGCUUCGAUCGUAUUGUCCGCGUCAUUCGUGUGUUUAUCAUCGGCGGCCAACUUGACUGCCAAGCUCGAAUGGUGGGCGACGUGAUCAUCCUCGAUAUCCGCGCCUCGGGUUAUAGAUGGAGCCCGGGUGCAGGGCAGUACUGCUACAUCUACUUCCGCCGCUUCAAUUUCUGGGAAAAUCAUCCGUUUUCGCUCUUAGAGCGAGUGGGUGAUCGCUAUAUCUUUGUCGCGAAGGCGAAGCAUGGAAUGACCAAAAAGCUGGAGAAGUACGUCUCUGCUCGGCAGUCCGAGGCCAUCAAUCUGAAAGUCGGUGUCGAGGGCCCUUAUGGCGAGAGAUUCCCCGUUGAUCCGUUUGGCACAGUUGUUCUCAUUGCCGGAGGAAUUGGUAUAUCAGCAAUAUACGGAUACGCAAAGGAGCUCAAGCAAAACGCAGUUACUGGGCAACACAUUAUCCUGCACUGGGUCUGCCACGACGAGCAAACGACUACUGCUCUGACAGAGCAAAUCCUCUCUCUGGCAGCCGAUAAACAUGUUGAAGUACACAUUCACCUUUCAGUAUCCAGAGCUGAGCUCGACGGCUCAAGCAGCAACUUUGAAAGCGACAAAGACGAAAAAAUCGCAUCCGACUCAGGUCACUCUGCAAACUCACUUGCACCCUUCACGACAAUCGGGCGUCCGGAUAUGUACGGCCUGAUUUCUGACGGAGUUCAUAACGCGGACUCCUCGGUAGCGGUGGUGGUGUGUGGACCUUUGUCUAUGAACGAUGAUUGCCGCGCGGCGACAGCUAGUUUGCUGGAUGCGAAGGGAAGUCAGAGGGUUGAGUAUUUUGAGGAAUCGUUUUCGUGGGCUUAG